UGACUACCUCUCUGUCUGUGAUGGGUCGGUCCUGGAUCGGAAGCACGUCCACGUCAAAGAUCUGUGGAUUUACCUGUUCUCCGCCGUACGCAUCGGGCUUGAGUGUGAGUGAAUGUGCAUGUGGACGUGUUGGUGAGACCAGAGGUGGCUUUUAAUCCUGGACAUCAUGCCCCCCAACGCCCAUCCACCCGUUAAAAUAUGCGACAAACUGAUCCAGCGCUUGACGGCGGUGUCCGACACCACUAUGGUGGGUUGCCUCUAUGGCCUGCCCGUGAUCCCGCCAUUCAAGGAGAACGCCUAUUAUGUGUGGGCAGCCACUGGAAAAGAGAAGAACAUGGCCCAGCCCCAACAUCCCAAUGGUCCCCCAGAUUUGGAGGUGUUGACUGAAGUCAUCCCAUGCGGAAUUGAUCCCUUGGGAUUAUUUGUCAUUCUCCAGGAGGAACACGCCCAUCUCAUGGAUAAGAUCAACCUGCUCUUGGAAGCCCUACCCGAAAACUUCUUGAACAGUACCGAUCCCGUGAUUUUGGCUCGAAUUGGCCCAGACACCCCGUUAACGGCCUUUCUUCAUUCCGAAGGCCAAUUAAUGCCCGUGGAGUUUGAGACGGUGACCCCGGAGGAGAUUGAGAAACAAGUCCAAUUCAUCAGGAUCAAAGGCCGUCUCACCAUCAACUGUCCUCAAACAGAGAAGGACAUACAGUUCUCGCUCCGACAUCUCAUUGAAAAAGUGCUCUGUCCUUACGGCACGUUCCAUAUGAUGAAUUCUGACGUGGUGUUUGUGCACACGUGGACCACUCGGAAGAAGUUUUCCGGUACGGGCUGGGCGGGCAACGAGACCUUGUCCACCCCUGACCAUGAAGGCUGCGAAGUGACGAAUUUGGAUGACGAGGCGGAAACGGUGGGGGAUCUGUUGCGCCACUUGAAGCAAGAGGAGGUCAUUGACGAUGGCUUUGGCCCGGUGCCUGACAAGAAAAAGCCAAAAGAGGUCCAGGAGAAGGAAACCUUGAACUUCCGAUUGUUGUUGAAAAUGUCUGGGGAGGCGUGCUCUUCCAAGACAUUGAAUUGCUCACCCGUGUUCCACUAUGAGAAACGUGAAUUCAAGAAUGUGACCAUUCCCUUGAAAAUUGACACCAUAGGCGUGGUGAGAAAGACCAUGAAAAUCCCAGAUAUCAUGGAGUUACUCAAGGGAACUGUCCAGAGACAAGUCCAUGAAAUGGGUCGUUCGGUUCUGUCCGAACUGAAACUGCGAGGAAGUGUCAGUCUACCGGAAGUAUUCCACUUCAAACCCGAGCCCGUCGGGCACUUUUGCUCCUUUGUCUACAAUCGCCGAGGGACUUGUACCAAUUUCUCUGAAUUCCGGAAACAUUUCCACAAGAUUUUACUUCUGCCCACCGACCGACCGCAUUUCCGUCGGGCAAACGCCUUCCAAUUUCAAGACGAUGACGUAUCUCAAAAAGCGCUCGUGAAUGUUCACGAAGGUCUCAAAACCGGAUCCACCGGUGGGAAAGUUUACCUGGUCCAGGGGAAAUACAGCUAUCAUCACUACAUGCAAGACAAGUUCGAUGACGACGGAUGGGGUUGUGCUUAUCGCUCGCUUCAAACAAUCAUUUCAUGGUUUAGGCAUCAAGGCUACACGGGAACCGAAAUUCCAACCCAUGGCCAAAUUCAGAAAUGCCUCGUUGAGAUGGGCGACAAGGACAAGAAGUUCUUGAACUCGAAACAAUGGAUUGGAUCCACAGAAGUGGGUUAUGUGCUCGAGAAAUCUUGCGACGUUCAGUCCAAAAUCCUGUCCGUGAGUUCGGGUGAGGAACUUGCUUCCAAGGGACGGGAUUUGGCCCACCAUUUUACUACUCAGGGCACUCCCAUCAUGAUUGGUGGGGGCGUGUUGGCGCACACUAUUUUGGGCGUCGAGUGGAACGAGGACACGGGAGAUAUCAAAUGGCUGAUUUUGGAUCCCCAUUUCACGGGAAACGAUUGGCAGGGUAAUGGAAAGCCCAAUACUCCUCACAUUCAACAAAAAGGCUGGGUAGGAUGGAAGGGUCCGAAAUUUUGGAAGAAGGACGCCUUCUACAAUAUGUGUAUGCCACAAAGGCCCAAAAUGUGGUAGCAUGAGUUGCGAACUUAUUUUUGUUAAUGGAAAUAAAAGCAUAUUUGAUUUACAACAA